CUGGGUUUCCAGACCGCGGGCUGCGCAAAAACGUUCUAUGACGCCAAUCAAAGUUUUAGAAAAGCAUUGAAAGAUGACGUUAAAAACCUUGUUCAAGCAGAGAUGGACUCAAUGGUGCAGCAGCUUAAAGACGACUUUACUGUUACCACUAACUUUAUAUGUGAUGAACAGUCUUCCUUGAAGCAAGAAAUUGAGAAUAAGAGUAAUAUAAUAAAACACCUAGAAUCUGAAACUCUUCGAUUUCAAAAGGAGAUUAAUGUUUUAACCAAUCCUUUAACAUCUAUUGAAAAAAUAUCCCGUAACAAGAAUUUAGAAAUUCAGUUAGUUCCACAAAGUCGAAAUGAAAAUCCAAUGCUUUUAUUCCGCAACCUGUGUAAAACUGUAGAUCUUCAAAUAGACGAUGAGAACAUUCAUUCUUGCCGUAGAUUUGCCAAAUACGAAACCUCCUCCGAUCGCCCUAGAAAUAUUAUUGUAACUCUCAUUAACCCACGUUUAAGGGAUCAAGUUCUCUCCGCAUGUUAUCGUUAUAAUAAAGCCCACAAAGACAAUCCCUUGAAUACUAAUGACAUCGGAUUACAUUGUGAAAAGCGAAAAAUUUAUGUGACUGAACACCUUUCUCCGGAAUGUAAGGCACUUCAUGCUGCAGCUAGAAAAUUUGCAAAGGAAAAGAAAUAUAAAUAUGUAUGGGUUAAGUACGGGCGUAUAUAUAUCCGUAAGGAAGACACUGCGGCUUGCAUACACAUUAGAAAUAUGGAUUGCUUAAAGAAGCUUUCGUAA